UAUUAUAAUAAAUAAAAUUAAAAAUAAAGCACGCAAUGCAAUAACCUCUUCGGAUGCCAUAAAACUCAAUUGUUUUACCUUACACGACGCUAAAUCUAAAACCAAAUUAAUUUCGAACAACAUAUUAUGGCUACGGGCUUGGACACAAGGUUCUUCAAAACUAAACUAAAUUAAAAACACCAUCCUCGUAUAACCCUCACCACCGGACAUCACAAGGAAAAUAGACUAUCGACAGAAUGCAAAUUGGACACACAUCGUUAACCCACCAGUACCUGAUGAAGAGGAAAGACCCCCUAUAUGUGCCAGUGCACACCUCUCACAAUCAAACACAUCAUAUCAGAACGCCUCUCUUUUGAAACGGAUAAACGGGAAGCAGGGGUACCAAACAUUCCCUCAGAAGCCCUCCAUCCAGACAACAUAAAAAACACAAUGACAUGCAUAAAUAAGAUCAAGUUAAUUAAUAUUUUGUAAUUUAAGAAAAAAUGUGAACCUUUAUAUAGUUGAUGCAGCCAAUGGCCUUAGAUGCCGAGGCUUUCAUAAAUAAUAAUAUAUAUAUAUGACGAAAAAGAAAGCUAUACAUUCUUGCUCAGUAUACUGUUAAAAAAUUUCAAUAUUUUCAACUUAUGGUAUCAAUUUCUAAGUCUUAUUGAGACACUUAUGAGCAAAAUCGAAAAAACUUGCUUACAAAAAAACUAGUUUUUAUCAGGCGACCUUCAUGCAUAAAUUCCUAAUAUUUUAUAAUUAGCAAAAUAAUCAUAAUAAACACAAGCAUAGGAUAAUUUAUGAGUUUGCCGCGUCUCAGUAGUAAUUCAGAGGUAGCCCAACUAUGUUUAAAGAAAAAUUGUACACGUGACGUGAUGUUAGUUAUUCCUGAAGUGAUCCUUAAAGUUGUGUUCUAAAAUAUAUACAUUUUUGAUGAAUACACUAAGUACCAACUCUCUUAUAAUAAUACGAUAAAUAGUACAAAUAAUAGUGGUUCAUAUAAUUUUUUUAAGAAAAAUAAAAGGAAGCGCGGCAUUUUCAAAAUGAUUUCACAAUCGAUUCAUCUGCGAAUUUCAUUGUAUUUAUUUAUAUUUUAUGGGUCUAAAUCAACAAGCACUGCAGGAUUUCCGCCAUUAUUCGAAUCCGGGUUGAUGUACUUUGCUGAAACUUUAGAAUGGGAAUCACACGAAACCGUCAAUCAGGCAAAAGUUUUCCCGGAAUACGAUUUCAUCGUCGUCGGUGCCGGAAGUGCCGGAUCGGUAGUGGCGAGCCGAUUGUCCGAAGUCCAAAAAUGGCAGGUGCUGUUGAUCGAAGCCGGACAACACGCCUCACACAUCAUGGACAUACCUUUGACCGCUCCGUUUUUGCAAUUUUCCAAGGCCAAUUGGAAAUAUAAGACAGUGCCGAUGAAAAACUCGUGCUUAGGUUUCGACGGCAAUCAGUGCAAAUUUCCUAGGGGCAAAGUCAUGGGUGGCAGUAGCGUAUUGAAUUACAUGAUAUAUACACGUGGUAACAAAAAGGAUUACGACGGUUGGGCGGAUAUGGGAAAUACAGGUUGGGAUUAUAACAACGUUCUGAAAUAUUUCAUCAAAUCGGAAAACGCCAACUUGUCUCAGGCCGACCCGGGUUAUCACGGAAAAAACGGAUUGUUGUCGGUGUCCGACGUCCCGUACAGGACGCCAAUAGCUAAGGCUUUUGUGGAAGCCGGGUCGCAAAUCGGACUUCCUGUUGUAGACGUCAACGGGGAGAAACAAGUCGGGAUCAAUUAUUUACAGGCCACCAUGAAGAACGGUCGCCGUUGGAGUACAAAUACGGCAUUUCUGUUUCCUGCGAAAAAAAGACCGAACCUGCACGUGAAAAAGCAGAGCAUGGUAACGCGGAUACUGAUAGACCAAUUGUCAAACAAGGCGAUCGGAGUGGAGUUUGUAUCGAAUCGAAAGAAACACAGGGUGUUUGUGCGGAAGGAAGUGAUCGUUUCCGGUGGGGCCAUAAACACGCCGCAACUGCUCAUGCUGUCCGGAAUCGGGCCCAAGCAACACUUGGCGGACAUCCGGAUCCCGUUGGUGAAAGACUUGCCGGUCGGCGAGAACCUGAUGGACCACGUGUCACUCGGCAGUCUGGUCGUAACGAUAAACGAAUCCAUUUCGAUCCGUCUGAGAAAUUCUUUGGAAGAUCCGAACGCCAUGAACGAUUACUUACGGUACGGCAAUGGACUUAACACGGUGCCGGGAGGCGCCGAGGCCCUGGCGUUUUUUGACGUGGAUAGGCCCGGGUCGAGAGACGGACAUCCCAAUCUUGAGUUGCUGCUGAUAUCAGGAACGUACUCGUCCCACGAGCUGAUGCCCAAGCUGUGCGGCAUGAGGGCCGAUCUGUACGACGCAGUGUAUCGGGCCACCGAGGCUAUGGACGGGUUCACUGUGUUCCCGAUGGUGAUGCGUCCCAAGAGCCGCGGCCGCGUGUGGCUGAGGGACGCCAACCCGUUCCACCACCCGCUGAUCGACCCCAACUAUUUCGCCGACGAUGCCGACCUGGACGUGAUCGUGGCCGGAGUCCGGCUCGUCCAGCAGAUGCUGCGCACGGGUCCGAUGAGGUCACUCAACGCCACGAUCCUGGAAACGCCGAUUCCCGGUUGCGCGCAACACGUGUUCGACACGGACGCGUACUGGAAAUGUGCCGCCAGACAGAUAUCGUUUACGAUCUAUCACCUGUCCGGCACGUGUAAGAUGGGACCUGCCACAGAUCCGACGGCCGUCGUCGACCCGAGGUUGCGCGUGCACGGCGUGAGCGGCCUGAGAGUGGUGGACGCGUCGAUCAUGCCGGAAGUGCCGGCGGCUCACACCAACGCCCCGACGAUCAUGAUCGCGGAAAAAGCGUCCGACAUGAUUAAAGAGGACUGGUCGUAGACAACGGCGUGACAAUACACAUAUAAUCAGAAAUGUGAGGCUGAAAAGUUUCAGACAUUUUUAAGUGAAACUUUUCAUGAAAUUUGAAAAGUUUCAAGGCUAUUGAAAUGAAAAGUAUUGAAACUUUUCAAUACCAAAAAUUGAAUUUCAUAAUUGUACGCAUACACUAAUAGAUAGGUAAUAGACAAUUGUUUAAAUAUCUAUGAUUGUAAUUGUAGUAGGUAUUAUGGUACCACUGGUGUCCGCUGUUAAUUGUUAUUAUGAUAAUUUUCUACAACUAAAUUGUUAUUUGCUAUAUAGUUGCCACGAACUAAGAUAUAUAGUUUGCUACAACUAUGAUAGUACGAUAAAUCUAUUAUUUAGUAAUAAUUAGUUUUUAUAGUUUGUUUACGUCCUUGAAAUAUUUAAUUUGUUGUCUUUGAUUUACUGCCUUUGUUAUUCGUCAUGAAUUCGAGAAAAACCAAUUAUUAUUCAUUAAAUAUAUUAGGUUUAUUAUUAUUUUUAGUCUAAGUUUGGUUUUAAAAGUUAAUAUUAGCUUCUAUUGGAAAAUCGAUAAAUUACUAGGAAAAUAAAUAAUUAAACACUGCUUCAAAU